UUGAAUAAAGUUCUACAAAAUGGACUACAAAUUAAUAAUCAUUGUCCUAGAUUUCGUAGGCACUUGUACUUUAUCGCUUGCCUACAAUAAACACAAGUGUGAUGCCCCACCUAGCGAAUCGGGGUAUUGCAUGGCCGAUCUUCCGAGGUGGGUUUUUAAGGACAAAAAGUGUCAGCAAAUCUUAUAUGGUGGAUGUGGAGGCACUCCGAAUUUAUUUUUGUUUAAGUACCAAUGCGAAGUAGCUUGCGAUGUUCCGAAAUUACCAAAUCAUCCUUAUGGGGAGCACUCAUGUAUAUGGAUCAUGCAAAAGUUGGACAUGAAGAUAUGUUAUAAGUCAAAUAUGUUCUCCAAAAACAACAUAAAUUGA